AUGCUUGUGCAAGACGCGCAGACCGGCAGUUGCAUAUAUGACGCCAUCAAGGGGCAUGAAAGAGGAGUGACGUCAGUAUUGUUCUCACCCAACGGCAAGCACAUCCUCUCAGGGUCCGAUGACAAGACAACGCGGAUGUGGGACAGUGGCAACGGUAGUCUGAUACCCAACUCCAUCAAACGCCAUCCUCACAAAGUCAACUGCACGGCAUUCUCUCCUGAUGGCAAGCAUAUUGCAUAUGGCUUGGGUAGCAAGAAGUCUCCGAUUGUUGUUUACAACGCAUCCACCAGCAAGUCUCUCCCUUUCUCACUCAAUGCCCACCAAUCCCCAGUCUUUUCAAUCGCCUUUUUGCCAAACAGCAAGCACCUUGUCACUGGCCAUGAUUCUGGUGAACUGCGCAUCUGGAGUCUACAGGACGGCACCGCCACACACUUCCCACCCAAAGUGCACAACGGCAGAAUCACAUCCAUUGGGUUUUCGCCACUCGGAGACAAACUCGUCACUGGCUCUGAAGAUAGGUGCGUGUAUAUAUGGGAUGUAGAGAACGGCUACUCCAACCCUUGCCUACUUGGCACACACAACCUUUUGGUUUUCUCCGCUGAUCUCUCCGCUGCGUUCUCACCCGACGGCACACGAGUCGCAUCAUGCUCAUAUGACUGCACCGUCAAGAUGUGGAACGCACUGCACUCGACAUCAUCUCACACCUCACACUCCAACGCACCAACCAAGGGUGUCUACUCGGUUGCCAUCUCGCCUGAUGGGUCACGUAUCGCCGCAGCGGGUGGCAACAAAGCGAUCCACAUGUUCAACACACACAAUGGCACUCCCGCUCUCCAGCCACUUGUCGCACACACCAACGAGAUUAACUCGGUUGCGUUCUCACUCAACGGCAGGUACCUUGUUUCUGGUGGCGACGAUGAAUGCAUAUGUCUAUGGGAUGCCACAAGCGGCAAGCUGCUAUCCGGUCCACUUCGAGGGCAUAAACAAAGGAUAUGGUCAGUGUCGUUCUCACCCGAUAGCAGGCACGUUGUUUCUGCCUCGUCGGACAAGACCAUACGCAUGUGGCAUGUGGACGAUGGGACUCUGACGCCCACAGAUCUGGUUGGAACGCACGACGGGGAGGUCAACUCAGCGGCAUUCUCCCCCGACGGCAAGCAUAUCGUUUCUGGGUGUGAUGACAGAAUGAUCCGGAUGUGGGAGUCGCAGACGCUAUCACUCGUGUUCGAUCCGUUUGGGUCGCAGCAGCAUAAGGGGCCUAUCUUGUCGGUGACGUUCUCGCCUGAUGGCAGACUCAUUGCUUCUGGGUCCACAGAUGGCACUAUCUGCAUCUUUGACUCGCACAGUGGCGAGUUGGUCCUCGGUCCUCUCGACGCACAUCAGGUUCCGGUGAGCUCAGUUGUGUUCACACCCGACAGCAAUCACAUCGUAUCUGGCUCGGAUGAUCGAAGCGUUGGAGUGUGGAGGGUGGAAGAUGGGGCUCCUGCAUGUGAGCCACUUCAAGGACAUCAAGGUGGCAUCAACUCGGUGGCAUGUUCGCCCGACGGUGCAUAUAUUGUCUCAGGCUCGGAUGACGCGACGAUUCGAGUAUGGAAGGCACCAGGAAGGGGCGCUGUAUCCGACAUAUCCCAAUCUGCCUCUUCGACCUCGGACCAGAGGAAGCCCCAUGGUGCGAUUGCCGGCGGACUGACGAUCGAUAGCGAUGGGUGGGCACGCAACCGCGACUCGCAGCUGGUUUUCUGGGUUCCAUCUGAUUUGCUCAAGCUGUUCCCUCUCCUCGAGACCGUUUACACGAUUGGGCCUGGAGGCACGUGUCGGGCGGACUAUAGUCAGCGUUUGCUGCUUGGGGACGAGUGGCACCAAUGCUUUGUUGGCUGA